CAGAAGAGGGAAAGAGAAGACAAACCCAUCCCUUCUCUGCAGUUCCCCUCUUCGAACGGAAAAGCAAUCGAAAAACAGCGUCGAACAAAUUCGCGAAGCCUCCCCUCUUAUGGGCAGGCCUCUACGCUUAUAUAUAUAAAAGGCGAACCAGCAAGACUCGGUUCAAUGCAGAUCAAGCGAUGAAUGAUUUGUGGAAAAAUCGAUGUCCGAGAAGCCCCGGUGGGGGGUGGAUCCGGGAGGAAGGAGGAUAGUAGCGAGAGAAAGAGGGAGAGCGCGUCAGUAAGGCACAGAGGGCGGCACAGGAGCCGUCUGUAGUAGUGGUGUGCUGGUGCUCCGAUUCCAGCAGACGCGCACCCCCGUUCAAACUCUCUGGACACUCACCUCCAGCAGUUGUGGCGAGCAGGGCAACUCCAAGGAUUCCCACAGCUCCAAGAUGGUGGAGGCAUCGGCGUACCUGUGAGGGAAGAGAAUUUCACACGGGGUCAUGCUAAACGAGGUAGAACUCUUAGAGAAGACUCCAUACUACAGGACGCUGCAAAAACAUCACUUGCAGCAACAUCAUGGACCUCCACUGUCCACAGCGCCCCAUUAUCCGACGACGCCGAGGGGCGGACUGCGCAUUGGACCCAGUUACGACGAGACCUCCAUUGCCAUCAUCGCUCCAGACAUGCGUGUGCCCCAGAACAACCACCCUUUAUCCAUCUCCACGCUGGAGCACUGGGAACAGUAUUCGCCCCUGGGAUGUCUGGAUAUUUUGCUGUCCAUAGCAGGCUAUGUGGGAGACCUGGGCUCGGACCUGGUCGUAUGUUACGUCCUGUUCGCCGAGGGCCGCGUAGGCUGGUCGGCCCUAACGGCUACUUUCGUCCUUCUGUCCGCUGUCGUCGUCAACGUUCUCAGCAUUUACUGGUACGUGCGGAAUCAAAGAAAUGCCGCAUCCGUCUACACUUCAGUCAGCAAACUCACGUGGGUCGUCAGAGCCCUGUUUCACGUGUUCUUCAUAGGGCUGCUAUACAGGUACCUCCAUUUGCUCUGUAAGUGCCUGUCCAAAGAUCACUUAGAAGACCGUGAACACCGCAGUGUUAUGGAAGCCCGGAAGAGAAAAAAUGCAAUACGCCAAAUGACUAUGAAAGAAGACAAACAAACUGCGACGCUUUGCUUGGUGCAUAGUUUUUUAGAAUCGGCGCCGCAGCUGAUACUCCAGUUGUACACGUUAGCUCAGCGGACAGACUCAGACAGCAUGGUCAUAGUUUUUAUACAAGGUGCUUGUGCAGCUUCUUCUCUUUUCCAACUCGCCUGGUCCAUUACAUCCUACAACAACGCCCUCCACCGUAUCAUGAUGGGUAAAAAGAAAGCCAAGAGCGUAGGCAAAGUGCUCCAAUUCCUCUGGCACUUCUGCACAAUAGGAUCAAGGGCCUGUACUUUGGCUCUAUUCACCAAAGAAUACCACUUCUGGCUCUUCCCAUUUUGCAUAGGACACUGGGGAAUCAUGACAAUAUGGGUUAUGCACCAGCAAACACGCUUUUGUCGCAAGAAUGGCGAGCUCCACCAAUGUAAGGAGUACAUGUGCAAUAUGGUCAUCGGAGUCGCCUAUGUGAUAUAUUAUUUGAAUGUCAAGGCAGAGCCAACCAGAUACAAAUAUUCAGCGUAUUAUGCUAUAGUCUUCGCAGAGAACUGUGCUCUGAUGACUCUGUGGUUCCUGAGGAAUGACCCAGGUGUCUGGUAUCACAUACCAGCACUAGUAGCAGUGUUCUCUAGCUUUGCAAGUGGCAUCGUUUUUAUGUUAUUUUAUUACGGGUUUUGUCAUCGAACGUUAAAACAGACAAAUGAGAAACGUGCAGCCCACUGUUGUUGAAUUUUACAGCUGAUGUAAUUGUUCUUUUUUUAUACUCUGAACAGCGCAUGAUUGAAGAAGGAGCGCUUUAAAGUUGUAAUGUUCUUAGUUUGUUAAUAAAUUUUCAUAAUUAGAUGAGAUUUA